AUGGAGAGUGGUAGCGAUAGCGCUACUGGUCGAGAAGAUAGCCUAACACGAGUACCAGCUAACAGAAAGCGUUAUAAGCAGAAGUUUCGGGAAGAAUGAGAUAUCGUGUUUACAAAACCAUCAGACAAGGAAGUUAUAAGUGGGAGUGAAGAAAGAAAUGAUAUCUUGAAAUAUGAUGAGAAUUUUAUGGAAGGUAAAGGUAAAAAUGAUAGCAUGGAGAGAGAAAAUACUCAAGAUAGUUUUCAAGAGAAGAGAGAGAAUACUCAAGAUGACUUUCAAGGGGAGAAAGAAAAUACUCAAUAUAAUUCUCAGAAGAGAGAAAAUGAUGAUAUAGGAAGGGAAAAUCAACAGACAAAUAAUGAAAUUGAAGAGGAAGAAUAUGAAACAGGUAAGGAAAAUAGUGAAAACAGUGACAAAGAGAAGGAGAACAUGAAAGAACAUACAAAGAAGGAAACAGAAAGCCAAACUGUAAAAACAAACAAGAAGGAUAUAACAAAAGGAGACCAAGGAAAGAGGAAAAUAGGAAAACCUAGAUGGAAGAAGUUUUACCGAGCCAAAAAGCUGCACGAAAAGGAAAUAAAUUUACUGCAAACAGAAAAUGAGAAGCUCAAAGCCCGACAAGAAGUAAUGGAGGUGGCAAUGCGAGAAGUAUAUACAGAUUGCAAGAAAGAUGCUGAGAAAAGAAUUAUUAAAAAGUAA